GUCUACACUUCUGACAGUGUCUAGUACAUACGCUGCAUAUACAUCUAGCAUAGGUACAAAGAACAGUGUAAAUGAUAAGGCACUGCUCAGGCAAGUAGAAUGCAGAAACUCCAGAGUAUAUACCUGACAGGGCUCUCUGUCUACCCCAACAGGGUCACCCAUGUCUACACUGCUGUUUUUAGUAGCAUAGUAUCUCACUGCCUCCCUACUGUUGGAGCCUUUCUUGGCUGCCCCUCCGCUCCUGGAGCCUUUCAUUGCUGUGUGUAGCUACACACCACAAUGUGGAAAAGCGCGCUUUUCACUGCAGCGUGUAGCUACAUGUAGUCUACAUGCCAUGGCAAGGCCUUAGAGUCAUCAUUCCCUCCUGGUUUGCUAUGCCCAUCACUCAGAACAGACUGCGUAAGUACAGUUGAGCCUUAACAUGCUUCAUGCUAUGGCUUACUUCUUAAAUAGUAAAUGUCACAUAUCUGCUUAGAUUGUCAAUUAUUAAGGCAAUUUCUACUAGGCUCUUCCCAGUGAUGACUACAAUGCAAAACAGUUCAGACGGGAAGAACUCAUCCAAAUGAAAAUGACUUUAAAAGAUUUUUAUUUUCCAAGAUGCUAUUAAAGAGAUCACUUUCAUCCUCCAUAUCCCUGCAGGGUAGAGAUUGCUCUCCUCUCAGGCUGAAGGCAAGUUAUGGAAUUUUUGGUCCAACUGUGAUUGACAAGACCAUGAUGUCCUCUCAGAGAGGGUGUGUUUUAUUAAUAAAAUUACUUUGGGAAAAUUGCAAUGGGAUAGAUUCCUAGUAAAGAGUUGCUAAACUGAAAAUGCCUUCUGAAGACAGGGAUGUUGGUCCCUUUGUAUCUCCUUUCCUUGUAUUUUUCAUCUGUGUUCCCCUUGGGGAAACAGAGAGGCUUCUAUUAUUUCCUGUACUGGUGUCUGAUUUUUGCCACUGAAAUAUCCUAGCAAUGCCAGGAGGCUGGAAUGCCCUGGGAGGGUAAGAAUAGCCCACAAUGGUUGAGAUUACUCCUGUUGCCUUUUGUCUACUUGCAGUUGUCAGGACAGGGGGACCACAGAGGUAAGUGCAGCAAAUAGAUCUGUGAAGCUAGAACUUUUGUGAAAUCAACUGUAUUUCCUAGGGAGGAUUUGUUCCCAAUUUGUAAAAGUCAGCAGGCCUAUUUAGCUCUUUCAUAAAAAUAAUUCUUCAUCAAUAAUGUUGUUAAUGAUUGGGUAUUUUCCCUGCAAAUAUUUUUCUUCCUUCUCUGUCUAGGUCUAAUUUGCUUUGAAAAUGCCAGAAUCCUCCUUAAGCUUUCUGAAGCUGAAAGUGUAGUGAAUUAGUUCAAAGAUGGAGCGCUGGGACUCACUAGGGUUUUUGAUUAUCACUCUCAACUACAAUGUUACGAUUGUAGGAAAGAUCUGGCUAACGUUAGUAAUCUUGCUGAGAAUGGUGGUGAUAGUGUUAGCGGGAUACCCCCUCUACCAAGAUGAACAAGAACGGUUCAUCUGUAAUACCUUACAACCAGGAUGCUCUAAUGUGUGCUAUGACAUUUUCUCUCCUGUCUCUCACUUUCGAUUCUGGCUCAUUCAAACAGUGUCUGUUCUGCUACCUUAUGCUGUAUUCAGCAUGUAUGUUCUGCACAAAGUAGCCAUCCAUGUUGUGACGGCACAUUGUUUGCCAUAUAGAUAUGAAGGAAUGAAGGCCUUAGCUGGCCAUUCAGCUUUGAAGGAACCAUGCAAAAACGUUGCAGUCACUAGACCAUCCUGCAAGGCAGAUCUUCUGAAUAUCCCUGAUUUUUCUUGGGCAUACACUGUUCACCUUUUUCUAAGAACACUGGCAGAGGCUAGCUUUGGAGCUGGACAGUAUUAUCUCUUUGGAUUUUUUGUUCCUAAACGCUUUUCCUGUUACCAGUCUCCUUGUACCAGCAUGGUCGAUUGCUACAUCUCCAGGCCUACUGAAAAAUCGAUCAUGAUGAUUUUCAUUUGGGGGGUGAAUGGCCUCUCUUUUCUGCUUAGCCUUGUUGAUCUAGCCUUUGCCAUCCAAAGAAUGGCAGUAAGAAAUGGACAAAAUAAACCGAUGGAAGAUCUCCAGGCAGAGGAUGAGCACAGUUCAGUUUUGCCUCCAGCUGAUAAGCAGGAGGAUUCUCCACCACCUCCAGAGGACAGAGGCCAUCAACAUCUAGUGACACACAACAGUCAUACCAGAGAAGUGUCUUACUCACUUCAUUCUGAAGAUGAAGAAGAACUUCAGGAGGAAGAGAAGAUUAUCUCCCAGAAAACUGCCAUCUCUAACCUCAACAGUAACAGCAAUAAGCCCUGUCUAGCGGAAAGCCUUGCUGCUAAUCAAGGCAGUAAUGAAGUGCCCCUGUGUAUAAGUGACCAGCAGCAUAUUUCAUACAGGCAGCUGAGACAUGGGCAACAGCAAACCUUCACCAAAGAGGCUUCCCUGACUUUGAGACCUCAAGUCAAGUCCCAUCUUGGGGUUUACUCUUCUGGAAGUCAGAGCAAGCUUUUAGGGUGUUAUUCUUCAGUUGAGCUAAAAGCUUCUAUUGGGCAAUCAAGUUGUAGCAGUCCUGGCUACUUGGGAUCAAAAAAAUCAGAAUGGGUGUAAAGAGCCAUGACAUUGCAUUUACUUCUCCUGGAAUGACGCACAUUUCACACCAUCUAGUUUGACAUGGAAACCUCGGUAUCGGUUAAAUUCCAUUUUUGUGCUUGUAAAAAUGUAAUUUUACAAACAUCCCCCUGGCGGAACGAAGAACAGGAAGCAGAACUUACUGUGACUGACAGGAUUGUAUGGAAAUCCUUGAAAACACCAUGUGGCAGAUUUCAUUAAGAUAGUAACUUUUGCUGUUUGGAAUGUUUGAUAUUGAAUAUUAGGGAUCUUUCUAAACUCCACCACAGAUUUAUACUGAUAUGGCUUUUAACAUUCUUUUCAGAUAUAUAUUCAUUUCAUUAUUGUUGUAGUCAAGCAUAAUAUUUUUCUUUAUAUUAGUUGAGCUUAUUUAGCUUUUCAUGUGUGACGGUGAUGUGUUAUCAUUUCCUGGAGAGGAACCACAUUAAUUAUUAAACUGAUCAUAGAUAGAAAAGCAUUAAAUAUUUAGUUCUCUAUUGGUGAAAUCUUUUUAAUGGGAUCUGUGUUGAUUAUGCUGUAAUAUCACAAAAUAUUAGGACAAAAACCUUUUGUAAGUCAUUGUAUUUUAUCAGCUGUGAGAAGGAAUGCAGGGAACAAACAUGGAUUGAAUGCAUCUUGUAUGUCUCUCAAAUUGAUACAUGGACAGACAGGUGGAUAAAUAAUGCAGAUGCUGUGGCAGAAUCCUGGAGCUUGUUUAUUUGUCUUUAUACCUAUCUAUUUUUAAAUGACUAGAGUCUCCAGUAUAUAUCAGAAAGAGCCUGAUUGUGUCUGAAAGGGAUGAUAAAGUUAAUAGUCCUUUUCCUCCUCCUGCUCAGUGGUUUGUAGUUACUAAACUUUGGCCUACACUAAUAAUGCUAUCCCUUAAUUGCAGGUCAGGCUGCUGCCUGAUUUUUAGCUUCC